AGUUUGUGAUGGUUGUGCUGGCGCUGAAUUAGUGUUUACGGAAGUAAUAGGCGUGUUGAUUACGUAUUUACUAUUAAUGUCUUACUACAAUAAGCAGUUACUAUUAGUAAAUAGGCUGUUAUUUUUGCGCAAUCUUUAAAGGAUCGUGAACGUCGUUGUAUUAAGGGGACUUCAGUGUAAAAUUGUAUGUUUUGUGUAGCCCGUUCGUAAACGUAUUAAGGGACAAAUUCUUCUAACUUAAUGACUCGUACGGAAAUUGCUGCGCUCUGUACUGUCUUUCAGAAUUGCAGCUCGAAGACUGUGACCUUAUGAAUCACUUUGUGUCAACAGCCAACGAUUAACAAAAAUGGACGAUCUGGCUUUGUUAAAUUUGCUAGAAUGUCCAGUGUGUUUGGAGCCUCUGGACAUGUCUGCCAGGGUCUUGCCGUGCCAGCACACGUUCUGCAAGCCUUGUCUUCUGCGACAGGAAGCGUCGCUCUCUCGGAUGUGUUGUCCGGAGUGCCGUGCCCCUCUUUUGGGAGCAGUGGAGGACCUGCCCACCAACCUGCUGCUGGCUAGACUCCUCGAGGGCUUUCACAGGGAUCACCUGGGCAUUUCGAGGGACAGCUCGACUCUGUAUGGCAGUUCCAGAGUUCAGAGUCUGGACAGUAUCUUUACAAGGCCGAGUGAAGACGCGUUACCUCCACAACACGAACAGAUUCCGGGAACGCCAGGGGUGCUGGCUAAAGCCCUUGUCAACUACCAGGGCAAUGGCCCCGGGGAGCUCAGCAUGAGCUCCGGCGACAUCGUCAGCCUCCGAUAUCAAGUGGACGGGAACUGGUAUUACGGCGACACCAAGGGGAACAGUGGGCUUGUCCCAGCCAGGAUGGUGCAAAUGUUGAGUGAGCAAUCCCAACCCGUGGCCCUCUGCCGGGCGCUCUAUGACUUCGACUUGAACAGGCUGGAUCCCGAGGACAGGAGGGAAUGUCUGGGCUUUCUGAAGGGAGAGAUCGUGACUGUCGUUAGGCGAGUGGAUGAGAACUGGGUUGAAGGGAAGUUAAGAGACAAGGUUGGAAUCUUUCCUUUGCUCUUCACAGAGCCAAAUCCAGCUGCACGCAGACUCCUGGCAAGAGGCAAGGCGAGCGAGUGUGCGGAAUCUUGCCCGCGGAAUGUGAGGGCCAGCAGGGGAAGGAUCAUCACGGAUGUUGGCGGCCGAAGGCGGCUCUCUGGGACCCAGCUGGGCACGGCCAGGCCUCCUGAUGUCAGCCUCCUAAACAGCCUCAACCAGGCCUCCCUCAGGCACGUCCAGAGCCCCCAGCUCUUGCACGCCGGCCCUGUGGCUCCCCCUGCCCCAGGCAAAGCAGCCCGGCUUGCCAGUACCUCUAGACAGCGGUCUGGGAGCACUAGCAGAAGCCUGUUGAAGGUUGAAAGGAACAUGAAUAGUGAGGUUAGCCCAUCCAUCACAAUGGCCAUGAUCAAUCCUCAUGCCCCGCCACCACCCACAGAGAGCAAACAGUUCCCCACCCAACAGCUCUCUAUCAACGUGUGUGCUGUGCUCUAUUCAUACAGCCCUCAUCGCCCGGAAGAGCUGGAACUGAGGAAGGGCGAGAUGGUGGGGGUUUAUGGGAAGUUUAAAGAGGGUUGGUUACAUGGCCUCUCACUCAGAAAUGGAAAAGUGGGCAUCUUGCCUGCCAACUACGUCAUGCCUGUGCUCAGGACGUCCGCAAGGUUUCUCGAGCAGCCAAAGGCUGCCAUUCCCAGUGCCAGCACUCUCUCUACAAGGAGAUACGCACCCCAGAAGCCCCACGCUGGGGUACUGGCCCUCGAUAAAGUGAGGACUGAUGGAACUCCUGCUGCCCCAGUAGUGGCCAUGCAACCUCAGCUGGUGGUGUCCAGUGGUGGUGCAGUGAGGGCUCCUCAGCCAGGGGGCAAGCAGGGCUGGGACCCUGUCCGCAUGCAGGCACCCCCCACACACAGAGUGUCACCCCAGCGCAGCAGCUACCACACCCAGAAUCCAGCACCAAGCCUUCAGCCCCCAGCUCAAGAUCUGGGACAGAUGUAUGGGAUCGGCCGCUCCCCUGUUCUCCCGAGGAAGAAAAAUGGGCUGUUCACAAACCCCAUCAGGCCACAGCACUGGACGUAUGAAGGAAUGGCACCCUCUUGUGGUGGCCACCAGGCAAUAGAUGCCAAAUAUACUGCUCCAAAAGAAACUUCUACAGCUCCUCAGUCCAUUCUAGUCAAACCAGAUUCUUAUAAGUACAAUACAGAAAAGCCUGCAAAGUCAGUGCGGUUCUCAACUGAAGAACUACCCCAAACCACAACGAGGGUGAGCUCGCUAUCAACCGGAACACAAAUCAAGGGCAACUCUCAGACUGGUCCCGUGGCUCUGGAGUAUUGGAACCCGUCAGCCAUUUUGGGUCGGGAUGGAAGCGCCUCAGUCCUUAAAGACACAAAGGCUCUUCAGCAGAGGAAAGGACAGAAUCAAGCUGCCGUGGACAGUCCCCCCUUAAGCAUAAAAACAUCAACUGUCAGUGGUUUGCCCAGCCCCAGCAGACACAGGGUGGUGAUGGGAUACAGUGCCCAGACUGACGCAGAGCUGAACCUUCUAGAGGGAGAGAUGGUGCUAGUCCAGAAGCCUCGACCAGACGGGAGGGUUCUCAUUACUCGGGAAAUCACUGGCAAAACAGGCCUUUUCCACAGCAGUGUUCUGGAAGUUCUGGAUAAAGUUGUCUGAGUGGCACUGUUAUUGUAUCGGUGUGUAUGUUUCAUGUUCCGCUGCUGUGCUGAAAGUUUUCAGUGUUGUUAAUGGAAUUACAUGGAGUGUGUCUGUUCCCUUAAGAGAUAAUUAAAGAACGCAAUAUGUAUUUCAGUUAACAGCAUGCCUCGUUGUAGUCAACAGGCACACACCCCUUGUGUUAUCAAUCUGACAAAUUCCAGUGCCUUACUUUGGGUUCUGAUAUGCACUUUGGUGAAAAGAUAAUUAAGACGAAACCUGCUUGUACAUUUGACACUUGAAAAUAUCUGGGGACAUGGACUAUAGAUUGUCUGUGAGUGUAUGAUUGUAUGGUUUGGAUCCUGAAACUAUGUGAGGUAUUUUUGUCAUUAGCCUACAUUACAGUACUGUAAAAUCCAUUUGAAGUUCACCUCGAUCACAGCUAAUCCCUUGUA